UGUUAACUCUAGAGCAGUUCAAAGAUCAGAGUUAAACAGCUGGAGGAAGUCCCAGAGAGACCUUUGGUUCUGCAGAAUCUGUACAGCCUUCUUGCUCUUGAAUGAACAGAUACUUAGCAUUUGGGACAUCAGAGCUAAAGACUAAACAUUCCUCAAGGAGCCACUCAGGAGCAAGCUCUGACCAGCCAGAGGGAGUGACAGGUCCAUCGAUUAUAUUUCAUCCACUCCCUCCUUGCUUGCCCAUCCUCACCUGGCUCUCACAUGGGCACAGGCAAUUGAGCAGAGGCGAUCCUGGCUCUGCUAAAGACAAGCCUGCUGGGUUUAUAGGAAGAAAAAAAAAAUCUCAGGCAAAGUCACAGCAUUGAAAUUGUCACCUUUGGAGAAGCCAAGUGGAAAAUUGUGACACAAUGAAUGGACCUGUGGAUGGCUUGUGUGACCAUUCUCUGAGUGAAGAAGGAGCCUUCAUGUUCACAUCAGAAUCUGUAGGAGAGGGACAUCCGGACAAGAUCUGUGACCAGAUCAGCGAUGCAGUGUUGGAUGCCCACCUCAAGCAAGACCCCAAUGCCAAGGUGGCAUGUGAGACAGUGUGCAAGACAGGCAUGGUGCUGCUUUGUGGAGAGAUCACCUCAGUGGCCAUGGUGGACUACCAGCGGGUAGUGAGGAAUGCCAUCAAGCACAUUGGCUAUGAUGAUUCUGCCAAGGGCUUCGACUUCAAGACCUGCAAUGUGCUAGUGGCUCUGGAACAACAGUCACCGGAUAUCGCCCAGUGCGUCCAUCUAGACAGAAAUGAAGAGGAUGUCGGGGCAGGAGAUCAGGGUUUGAUGUUUGGCUAUGCCACGGAUGAGACAGAAGAGUGCAUGCCCCUUACCAUCAUCCUCGCUCACAAACUCAAUGCACGGAUGGCGGAACUGAGGCGCUCUGGCAUCCUGCCCUGGCUGAGACCCGACUCUAAGACUCAGGUGACUGUUCAGUACAUGCAGGACAAUGGCGCUGUCAUCCCCGUGCGUAUCCACACCAUCGUCAUCUCUGUCCAGCACAAUGAAGACAUAACAUUGGAGGCCAUGCGUGAGGCCUUGAAGGAGCAGGUGAUCAAGGUUGUGGUGCCUGCCAAGUACCUAGACGAAGACACCAUUUACCACCUGCAGCCCAGCGGGCGGUUCGUCAUUGGAGGUCCCCAGGGGGAUGCAGGUGUCACUGGCCGCAAGAUUAUUGUGGACACCUAUGGCGGCUGGGGGGCCCAUGGCGGUGGGGCCUUCUCUGGAAAGGACUAUACCAAGGUAGACCGCUCAGCAGCGUAUGCUGCCCGCUGGGUGGCCAAGUCCUUGGUAAAGGCAGGGCUCUGCCGGAGAGUACUUGUCCAGGUGUCCUAUGCCAUCGGUGUGGCAGAGCCGCUGUCUAUCUCCAUCUUCACCUACGGGACCUCAAAAAAGACAGAGCGCGAGCUGCUAGAGGUGGUGAACAAGAACUUUGACCUCCGGCCAGGUGUCAUAGUCAGGGACUUGGACUUGAAGAAGCCCAUCUAUCAGAAGACUGCCUGCUACGGCCACUUUGGAAGAAACGAGUUUCCCUGGGAGAUCCCCAAGAAACUUAUGUUCUAGAGUUGAUAGGAACUUGGCCUAGCCCUGUCUCUGUCCUCCUCUCCCCAGAACUCUAGCUUUCAGGUCUCCCAGCCCCUCCUAGAUGUACCACUCUCCCCCCUACCUUCAGGGCAAAGCCACACCCCUCUAAUUUCACCCGAUUUUAUAAUCCUUGGGCAUGCCUGGAAGCAAGGUAGCUUCUCCCUAAUGGGAGGAGAAAUGUUGCCUUACAAGUUUAGUCACAUUGAUCAAUCAGCCUGUCCCUCAGACUAAUGCAAUGUUGAUGUAGUGGGAAAGCCACCCCUGUCAGAAGGGAAGUGUUUUACUCCCCUCCUCUCACAACCAGGACUUGACC